CGCAGAUUUGUUUAGUAAAGUUUAUUAAUUUCCCAGUUUUAUCAGUUUAUCAACCGUAUUACGGACUUCCUACGAAUCGGGAAGAGAACGUCGGCUCGUAGCCGUUGACCACACGAUGAUGCACUAUAAAAAAGGAAAGAAUGUGGAGCAAGAGCUGUCACAGGAGCAGAUUCCGAUCGAAGUGCUACCGGAGCGGUUCCUGUGGAUGCACGUGAAGGGUGGUUCGUCGGUCAAGAAUCUGACCGAACACGCCAAGCAAGCGCUUACCGACGGGUCGUACCGGUCUGUAGUGUGGAGCGGUUCAGAUGGCGGUGUUGGGAAGACGAUAAGUUGCGCCGAAAUACUGAAGCGUGACUUUGAACUACAUCAAGUGACACGGAUAUGCUACAGAAAAGUGGAAGAAUUUUGGGACCCUCUACAGGAAGGCUUGGAGCAGAUAGUGGCCAAACGGAAUAUUCCCUGCGUACACAUACUGGAGUCACUGGAUGCGAUCGAUGCCGGAACACCAGGCUACCAGCAUUCGAAAUCACAAGCCGGAUUCUGGGUAGAAGCCGUCGGGGUUGAUGGAACGACAAAGCGACCUCAGGGCCAGCGCCGCCCCAGGGAUGGUGAGAAAAAGGGAAACUAUUUCACCGGACCACAGCUGAAGAAAAAGGCCAACCGCCACUACGGUAACGGACGGCAAGAUGACGAAGCCGGUGCGCCUAACGGCAGCCAGCAGCAGCGACGGGACCGGUCAGUGGACAAAGGAAAGGCGAAACCCCCGGGUGGUAACACUCCGGGAGACGGAUCGCGAAAAAAGGGCAAACCAAAAGAUGGCAAUCGGAAUAAUCCGAAAAAUGGAAGUCAUGAAGCAGCGGCAACCUCCACCGGCCAGCCGAAAGAUUAAU